CCAGUAGCAGCACACUAGGCUGACAGCAUUUAGCUUCUCUGAUGUUUCAUUUUCUGUUUAAGUAGCAACGUAGGGAAGGGUUUAAUAGCGUGGUAACACCGACGAAUAACUUCUCCUGUAAGGGACUGAUGAGCAACGUGUUCGCUAUGUUUGCGCCAAGACGCUCCCGUUAACUGGUAAUUAAAGCUGAUAGCUAACUGCUAACAGCUAGCAUAGCUAUCUAACCAUUUCGCCGGUACAGGCGGACCUCUUUGUCUGACAGGGGAAGGCGUGCUCUUUUGUUAGGCUUUUCCCUUUGUCCAGUGGGAAAAGAGGAACUGUUUGGUCAGGAUUUCGCAAUUAUCUGCAGUUCUGAAAGUAUUUAGAAAAUGCAAAUCGCGAAAAAAUACUUCACAGAAGGCCUGAUUCAGUUAACGAUCUUACUCAGUUUGAUUGGAGUUCGUGUGGAUAUCGACAGCUACUUAAGCGGCUAUUAUACGCCUCUGAUAGAGAUUAACUUGGGUCCUAGCUCAGGCUACAUACAGACACCUUUUCAUAAUCUGAGAGACACUCUUGACGGUUACAGUGUGCACCCAAAAUGUCCCGAGUUGGACUAUUUCUUUGCAAGUCGCCGGCUACUAGACGAAGUGAGGACCCUUGGCUCCCCGCGGUUCCCCACGCAGCUUAACGCAUGGCUGGUGCACCAGGUGUCUGCCACUGACCGGGCAGACUGCGGGCCUUCAACCAGCAACAACAAUGACACCAGCUCAGGCUUAGAAAGCCCCGGGGACGGAGCCAGGGAUGACAGGGAGCACCUGCCUGACAGCGGCCAAGAGGUGUGCCAAACGACCCCUGAACUCGGACAUGGGCCCUGUAGCACUGGAGCCUGUGGGUUUCUUAAAGAGGAAACUGAUGUUAAAGUUAAAGAGGAGGAAGAACCUGCUCCACUCACUCAGCUGGCUCACAGUUCCACACUGGAACAGGAGAGUCUGCUCGAAGGUAUCACUACACUGCCUGAUCCGGCACACCACCAUCCUCCUACCAUUGACAUUGACCAGCACUGGAGCAAUUUACUCUCUCUGUCUGUCACUGACCUUGAUGACUUGGACUCCCUGGUUACGGACACAGACAUCACCAGCGCCAUCAGCCACAAUGUCAGUUUGCAUGAUGCUAUGGUAACCAGUGCUGGAGUCUUUGGUGUGGCAUCAGAAAGAGGUGAGGCCAGACAAGUCACCCAACAACAAAGAACCCUCUUCCGACUGGAAUCCACCGGCUCCUCACACUCCGACGCGUCACCAGGGAUGGCCCUGGGCCUGGCCGCUCUCCCCUUUGCUUCAGUAUGUAAUUUAACUGGAAAUGAGUCAUCGCAUAGUGCACUGGGUGGCUGCCUGGAUGAGGCAGUUUUUGAUCAGAUCAAUCAGCUAGGUUUGGAAGGCCUAGACACUAUUGACAACCAGCUGAUGGGCUGUCUGGAGAGCAUAGACCCACAGGUCCUCGAGGACUUGGACUCAGACUCCGGUCUUUCCCUGGAGAGCAGCUGUGGAGGUCCAGUCUCCCCAGGCUCAUCUGAGAUGUCAUCCUCAUCCAGCUCAUACUGUGAAGAUGAGUGUGGAGCCACCGGCUACAGCAGCGAUGUAGAUUCAGUCCCCUCAAAAGCCAUUGUGGACUACACCACAACAUGGUCACCGGUUGAUCUGAGUACGAGUGUGUGGCAUGACCAUAGCUACUCAACGCUUCCCCACAAAGGCAUCAAAGAGGAACCUCUCACUGAUGACGACAUGCCAAUGUAUGAAGAGAGGGAGCUGAGUCGCGAUGAGCUGCGUGCCCGCGCCAUGUGCAUCCCAUACUCUGUCCUGCAGAUAGUCAACAUGCCUGUUGAAGAGUUCCUGGAGGUCCUUGAUGGUCAUGGCUUUUCACCCGAACAGGUGACACUUCUGAGGGACAUCCGCAGGCGGGGUAAGAAUAAAUUGGCAGCGCAGAACUGCCGUAAGCGCAAACUAGAUGCCAUCACAGGGCUCCAGGAGGAGGUGGAAAGGCUGCAAGCUCAGAGAGACAGGCUACUGAGGGAGAAACAGCUUACCGCCAAGACAAUGGGUGCUGUGGGCCAGCAGAUUAGGCAGCUGACCAGAGACGUCCUGGCCCGGCUGAGGGAUGAUUCAGGGCAGCCCCUAAACCCAGAAAGAUUCACCCUGCAGUGCGGGGCUAAUGGGAGAGUGGUAGUUCAGCCAGUAAGACAGCCUGCUGUCUCCACAUCAACUGGCAACAAAACAGACAAGAGGAAGAAGGAAAAAAAGCAGUGAUGCAGUAUUGCCAGCUCAGACUUGAGCUUUUAGGUUUUUGGAUAUUUCUGAACUUACCUGCCUGACUCUGGUUUUGGGACCUCCUUUUGUGAAAGUGUGUGUGGAUUCACCGCUGUUGGGAGCCUAAAUCAGCCAAAGCUGCAGAAAGAAAAAAAAAAAGAAAGACACCCAGAACAUAAAUCAGUAAGAAAAUUCUCUGUAAAUAAAA